AUGGCAGACUUCAAGAAGAAAAUGAUCAGGGUACUGAUACGAGACUGCCACGCCCGCAUCCACAAGUACCGCCAGAUGAUUGAACAUCAUUCGUCAACUUGCCAGUCGAUCUUUACGGCACACGAGCUAGAGGUCCUCAAAGCGGCAAUUCUCGACAGCGAACGGCGUCACCGCAAGUUGCGUGAUGACCAGUUGUCUGGAAAAUUUGAGAAAAUAAGUCGGUCAAAGCAGCCCUCUACUGACGGUGCCUUGGUUCACAACUUGUCCUCUCAUCGUUUCACUCAGCAACAACUAGCGGUUCUAUCCUAUGACGCGAAGUUCAGCACAAGAGAUGCUCAACCAGAAGACUUUAUUGCAUCCUUUGAAUCGGCGCUCCAGAAGUGUGAGGCAGACGAGGAGUGCAAAAACGCCAUGCGACAACAAGUGUCGACCUUACUCCUCCAACACAAACGCCAGAUGACGAUUUCUAAAGCAGAAGAUCGAGAACUUCUGAAGAUACGAAAAAGGAAGGAUAUCGUCACCCUGCCCGCCGACAAGGGGCGCUCGACUGUCGUCAUGGAUAAGGCUGAGUACUGCACAAAACUAGGCAACCUCUUGAUGGACAAGGAAGCUUAUGUGCCAUCGACCGUCAGCGAGUUUAAAAAGCUCGUAAACAGCAUAAACAAUACGAUCGGCAAGCUGAGGAAGGCGGGAGCUCUUACGAGAAGGGAGGCGUUGGCCGCAAAAGCCAGUGAUACCGCAAUGGCGCGCUUCUACGGCCUACCAAAGGUCCACAAGCAGGGGGUACCGCUACGCCCCAUCGUCUCCUUACGUGGUACUCCAACCUUUGGGCUGUCAAAGUGGCUGUACCAGCGACUUCGUUUCCUUACCAAGGAUUCGCAGUGGACAGUGAAGUCAGCUGAAGAGUUCUUGACGCGCAUCAAACAUCUCGAAGUGGAGGCAGAUGAGGUGAUGGUGUCAUUUGACGUGAUCUUAUUAUUCACCUCCAUCCCACCCGCGCUGGCUAUUGACACUAUUGAUGGCUUUCUCCGGGAAAAGUAUGAUGAAACCGACCAACAGCUCAAACGAGCACACAUCAUCGAGCUCCUAGAACUGUGUCUUAAGACCUUCUUUACAUUCAACGGCCAAGUCUACGAGCAAAAGAAGGGGACACCGAUGGGCUCGCCUCUGUCUGGACUAAUUGCCGAAGCAGUUUUGCAGAGACUCGAGCAGCAGGUCUUCAGCUCGUACCCCCCGAAGUUCUGGGCCAGAUACGUCGACGACACGUUCGUUGUAAUCAAGAGGAGCGAGGUGAAGGCUUUCAAGGCAUUGUUGAACUCCAACUUUACCGAUAUUCAGUUUACUAUGGAAGAGGAAGUCAACAAUCAGUUGCCCUUCCUGGACGUACAAGUUACGAGAUUGACAGACGGGAAGAUAAGGACAACGGUUUACCGUAAGGCAACAAAUAUCAGGCGCAUCCUCCACUUCCGAAGCAACCACCCUGUUGGUCAUAAACGCAGUUGUGUCAGAAGUCUCUUUCAACGUGUUCAAACACACUGUAGCGACGACAGUGGGAGGAAGGAGGAGAUGAAUUACUUACACGCCCUUUUCAAAGCCAAUGGCUACCCGAAGUCCUUCACACGCAAUUGCCUCAAACAGCCUCAUUUUGAGCGGUCGAGUGGAGAAAAGCCCAAGUUCUGGCUCUCAAUACCCUAUGUGAAGAACGUAUCAGAGGCAACGGCAAGAAUCCUGAGACCUUUUGGGAUUGGCGUGGCUCAUAAACCAGAAUGCACCAUCAGACAGCAAAUCAUGAAGCCCAAAGACCCGCUACCAACAACAGAACAGUCGGCGGUGGUCUACAGCAUACCAUGCCUAAAUUGCAAUGCAAGGUAUGUUGGUGAAACGGGCAAACGCCUCGGUACAAGAUUGCACGAACACCAACUUGCAAUCAAUCGCAAGGACAAGCUGUCUUUGGUCUAUGGCCACAUACGAGAACUGAACCACAAUUUUGCCUUUGAGAAAGCGAGGGCAAUUGGUCGAGCCAAUGAGAAGAUGGCCAGACUGGUGCUCGAAAGUUGGUCCUCGACUGGUACACUCAACCGAGCUAUAGAUCUACAUCCCGCCUACCAGGCGCUUCGUACAUGGCUCGGAUCAGUCCGAACAGGACCAGUAAGGCAAGCGAGCACGCGGGACCGAGAGUCAACGCUCACGGAAAAGAGCAGAGUUGGGGGCCAGAGGUCAUGUGACCAAAGCCGAACACUGUCUCACCGAUACGCCCGCGAGGCUGAAUGCUGCUCACCUGAACAGCAACGACCGAUCAGUCCACCGGCUGACGUGGGAGAGGCUAAGCGGCACGUUGAUUUGACCACAAUUACGCCGACCCCAAAGGUCACGCAGGCCUGUCAGCGGUCAGCCCCUGGGAGGUCUAAGCCAGUCAGUGGCAAACAGGCAGGUCAAAGUUCGUGCGUCGAGCACGGCUAUAAUACGAGGCAAGCGGCAAGAGUGAACAACUCAAGACCGGCAAGUGCAACAAUUACGCUACUCUGA